AUGAUACUCAGAGUUGAAAAGGUAGCUCGAUUGAUAGCUAUAUUGAUUGUGAUAGCUUUAUUAUAUUUUUCAAUUAUAUUCUAUUAUCCUGAUGAAUCAUCAACUGAAAAUGAUAUAGAUUAUUCAAUGAUAGAAACUCAAUCAAAUGACACUAUUAUUCAUACAGCUGUUGUAUUAUCAUUGGCUAAAGAUGCAGCUCACAUUGCUGAAUUUCAUUUACUUUAUGAUUCAUGGCGUUUUAUUCAGAAUUUUUCACCUUUAUCUCAACAAGUUCUUAUUGAUUUAAUUGUAUUUUGUGAACAACCAAGUUGUUUUCAAUUACCAUCAUCUUGUUUACCUCUUUCUUAUAAUAAACAAUUUCAAACAAUUCCAACAUGUUUCUAUGAAGAAUUAUCGAUUAAAAUAGUUGAAGAAUGGAAUGAUUAUCUCUAUAUGACAUCAAUUGCUUUUCUAUUAACAAAAGAAUAUAAACAAACAAUUUUAAAAUAUCAUUGGAUAUUACGAGUUGAUCAAGAUGCUAUUUUAAGUCCAGGUUUACUCUUUGGUCUCUUAAAAAAACAUCCAGUUAAAUUAUACAAUAAACAAUUUGGAGCAAUAGGUCAUGGUACUAAUUUUACAAAAGAACGAUUAAUAAAUAUUGCAAGAAAAUUAGGAUACAAACAUGGUGGUAUAUAUAAUCUGUGUUCCACAUGGUUGGUUCAUCCAAAAGAUUCAAUUGCUAUAGCUAAUUUAACAAUCAAAAUCGGAAGACAUCUUCUACAAAACGAAUUUGGAUCAAAUGUUCCAGGUCUUGAGAAAUUACCUGCUAAUGGUGAAUGGCCAUUCUGGUGGCGUGGUGUAACAUCAUUAUAUGCUGCUGAAAUAGCAAUAAAUCAUUUGUAUUUUCCAAGUCUUGGUCAUCAACAUGAAUCAACUGCAUUAGAUCAUCGAGGUUAUUCUACUGCAUCAUUAUGGAAUGCUUGGCAUAUACAUUGUUUACAUGAUCCAAAUGAAUUUUCAAAAUUUAAACAUCGUGAUCGAUUAAGAGAAUUUUUAAAGCUGGAACAAAGGAUACGAAUUAAUAAAAUGUCAAACAAUAAUUUUACGCAGAAUGUUUUAAAACAAAUUAUUCAUGAAUUUCGUCUUAUUCAAAAAAAUAAUGGUAAAAUUUCUGGAAAAGUAACCGUUCGAGAUUAUAUCACAGCAUUAGCAUGGCAAAAGGCGUAUGCAGCAACAGGUGCUAUUAAUUUAGGUUAA